AUGUCCGAAUCAGGCCCUCCCCCUCCAGGGGCCACUGCUGCUGCUACAGCGGGAAAGGAUGGCAGCGCUGUGAAAAAGGCAUUCCCGCAUGUUGAUCUAGCUGGACAUGAUCUACCGCCGUCGCCUGCUCCGUCAAGCCCAAGGGCGGGCAGGAGAUAUGCCCUGGCAACUGAAUUGGUGUAUACCGAGGGCAAUGACCAGUUCAAUGCCAGCAGCGUACCGAUAUACCAGAGUGCGACAUUCAAACAGACAUCUGGCGGCGGGGGCGGUGAAUACGACUACACACGAUCAGGGAACCCUACUAGAACACAUCUUGAACGCCACUUGGCUAAGAUUAUGUCGGCACAACGAGCACUCGUCGUAUCGUCCGGCAUGGCGGCGUUGGAUGUGAUCACGCGACUCCUCAAGCCUGGGGAUGAAGUGGUGACGGGAGAUGAUCUUUAUGGAGGGACCAACCGACUUCUCAAAUACUUAUCUAACCACGGAGGAAUCAUUGUACACCACGUCGAUACUACCAAUCCCGAAAACGUUGAGCAGGUACUCAACUCCAGGACGGCAAUGGUCUUGCUUGAGACUCCUACAAACCCAUUGAUUAAAAUCGUUGAUAUACGCCGAAUCUCCACAGUGACCCAUGCUAAAAAUCCCGGUGCCUUGGUCGCUGUAGAUAACACCAUGCUUUCUCCACUACUGCUUAACCCGCUAGACCUGGGUGCUGAUAUUGUCUAUGAGAGUGGAACUAAGUACCUCUCUGGUCACCAUGACUUGAUGGCAGGUGUCAUUGCGGUUAACGACCUAACACUUGGAGAAAAACUAUACUUCCCCAUAAAUGCCUCUGGGUGCGGUCUAUCACCAUUUGACUCGUGGCUUCUCCUUCGUGGUGUCAAGACACUCAAGGUCCGCAUGGAACAGCAACAGAGUAAUGCCCAGCGAAUUGCCGAGUUUCUUGAAUCACACGGGUUCCGUGUUCGAUAUCCGGGCCUGAAAUCACACCCUCAAUAUGACCUCCAUCGGACAAUGGCUCGAGGAGCUGGUGCUGUUCUCUCGUUCGAGACGGGAGAUGUCAUGAUAAGUGAACGCAUCGUCGAAAGUGCGAAGCUAUGGGCAAUUAGCGUCAGCUUUGGUUGUGUGAACAGUUUAAUCAGCAUGCCAUGCCGUAUGAGCCAUGCCAGUAUCGACGCAAAGACUCGUAAGGAAAGGGCCAUGCCUGAAGACCUAAUCCGUCUUUGUGUAGGUAUUGAAGAUGCAGACGACCUAAUUGAUGAUUUGAGAAGAGCUCUGGUUCAAGCUGGUGCUGUGAAUGUCACAUUGGAGGGCUUCCAAAACAUCAACCAGAGUUCCACAGCCUAA